AUUAAGCCAGUAAGUUUACCAUUAUUUCGUCUUAAUCUGUGGUUGAUCAAAUGUAUAUUGACUAUGGUGGUGCUUCCGCCAUGUUUGUUCUUAAAUGGUCUAUUCACUGUGUGAUUACAACGUGACAGAACGUGUUUAUGUCUCUAGAAUUACCAUUACGUAUAUUGUAGCAUUUACGUAACUUGCUAGUUAUUCAGCCUCAUUAGAGGAAUUUUCCAAAAUGCCGAAGCUUUUUGCCAUGAUAAAAUGGAUCGGAGGGGAGGAUGAUGGAAAGAUCUCUGUGGGUGUGCCAACUGAUUGGAUCAUGAAUUUCAACUUUGAAGAGUUUUUGUCAGAAAAUUUCGACCCCGAUUUAUCGUAUGUUAUUGAAUCGCGACAACCGGUGAAGAAACCAGCAGGAGGUUGGCCCAAAUUCGAUGGCUUGAUACUGGAUGUAGCGUCUACUGUUCUACAAUUGGAACGCAAAAGUGUCAAUUAUGUUUACCCAAAAUCUUCUCGAAUAAUAACUUCAACAAAAGAAAUUGGAUCACAAUCUAACAUCAACAGAUCCACUCAGCCUUCCGGAUCAACAAAGAAGCGACCCUCUGAUGGACCCAUAAGUCCUGCUCAAGUCAAGAUAUACAAAAAAACUUCAAGAAUUUAUGACACAUCGAGUGAUUCUGAGCAGUCUGCCGAAGACGCUCUGCAUGAUGAUCAACGUACUCCUCUACGAACCCUCAACCCCCCGGCCCCAGUCCAACUGCUGAACAUACCCAGAAGAAGAGAAGAAGUGGUUCAGAUCAAUCAUGAUGACGAUAUACGUGAAAAUGCGAAUGAUGCCUCAGCAGAUGGAAAUCGAGGCACAGAGAGGGGAGAUGCAGCAGCUGGAGGUGACGUCAAUGAAGAAGUCUUGCAAAUUAACAACCAGCCUCCAGCAAAUCCACAGGCCGAGAACAGAAGAAGGGGCAGAGAAUCUCCAAUUCGCAAUGCUGCUAGACUCGAUGAUAUCAACCCGGAGGAUUUCCGCAAUCUUGCCAAUUUACUCCAGCAAAACAUUAGGAAUCAUGAGCAACAGGACCGUGAGGAUGAGGAUGCAAAUUUGGUGGAAGUUGGAUUCAGGGGAAGUGGAGUGACGUUGUCAAAAUUACAAUGGAAUGCAGCCAUAGAGCAAAGAACCUUUACGGCUAUGGCGAUAACUCUGGUCAUGUCACUGUUCGAACGCGAUGUUUUACUGAAGAGCAACGUGAAGGGGGGUAAGAAUAAGAUCAGAAAACCUGCAGAGAAUGUUCCCAGACAUCAAGCAUUAGAUCCUCAUAUCCUCCAGGCAAUUACAGAAGCUGUGAGAAAAAAAUUCCCCAACUCCUUUAAGAGAGUCGAUAUGCAUAGAGCAAUAAAUGUGAAAUUGAAUACUCUCAGACGAGAGGUCCGACUCCAUGCUGAAGCUGCUGCUGCUGGUGCCACUUUUGCUAGAGCCGCAGUUUAAAUGGUCGACAGUCGCUGCCCAUCGAGUUUCAACGAGAAGAAAAAUAUCUAAAAUCUUGUAGACGUUUCUGCUGUUAUUUUCUAUUUUGUAUGCCAGAGCACAUCGAAGUUCAUUAGAUAUUUUUUUCGUAUUGGUGGAUUAUGCUGAGAAUGGGUUUUCGUCUUCCACUCCAUGAUAUUUAUGUUCACUCUGAGAGGUUUUUAUUCUAUUUCGGAAGUUCAUUCACGACAGAUACGUUUCAAAUCAGCAUUGAUGAAAUAUGCAAGUCAUCCCCAAUUUAGUAACUGCUUUGUUUUGCUCAUUCUCUCUCCUAUGGGACCAUGUUUUUCAUAAAGAAGAUUUAAGAUCUUUUUCAGAUUGGAUUUGCUAAAUACGAUUGGUUGGGCAUUUUUUCCAACGUAUUUUAUUUACGACGGGGUGGAGAAAUGAUACUCGUUUCUAUUUUGAGGGCAUUUAGUUGACAGAGUGGUUGAGAAAUUUCGUAGAAAUGUUUUUCUGUUCAGUUAAUUUUAUAUAUGAUUUAAUAUCGAUAUACAGCUAUCGACUCAUUUUUAGUUCUGAGUUUAUUUGGCCAAUUAUGUUAUUUUUUUUAAAUCUAAUUUAAUUUAAUUUGAUGAUUCUGAAUAGAUGCUACAAUGCCGAGAAUGUUCAGAUUAUCUCAUACUGACUGAGUUGAGACGUAAGAGUUCUUUUUUUAGUUUAUCAUACGAACAGAGCUCAAUCAGACAUAAUAGUGUAUAAUGAAUAAAUAAAUAAUUUUCUCACGAGUCUUUAUGAAGCGUUAUUUAAGUAGCAGCAGUAAAAACUUAUAGAUGCAAUAUAUAUUUAGACUGGAAUGCAUGACUCGCUUCGUAUAUAUUUAUCGAUAAACAUAUAUAUCGCAUAUAUCUGAAAGCUAUUUAACAUAUUCUUCCCAUAUAUAAUAAAUCCAUCACAAUUAUAGCAAAAAGUAUAUAAAGGGGGCCUAUAAGUGCCAUAUAUGUGAAACUCGUGUUAUUUUAUGAGCGAAGUUUAACCGACAUAUAAUUAGGAAAAUUCUA